AUGCUUCGUCUUACCUCUAAAACUUUUGUUUCUAAUUUACGUCAAGCUCAAAGAAGAUGUCUUCAUUCUUCAAAUUCAUUAUUAAAAGCUGAAUUCUUUAAUAUGCCUGCAAUGUCACCAACUAUGAAUGAAGGUGGUAUUGUUGAAUGGAAAUUUAAAGAAGGUGAUUCAUUUGCUUCAGGUGAUAUCUUGUUAGAAGUUGAAACUGAUAAAUCCACAAUUGAUGUUGAAGCUCAAGAUGAUGGUAUUUUAGCUAAAAUUAUUAAAGAAAAUGGUACAAAAGAUUUAGCUGUUGGUACUCCAAUUGCUAUUCUUGCAGAAACUAAAGAUGAUUUAUCAAAUUUACCAGAAGUUCCAACUGAAGGUAAAUCAGCUCCAAAAGAAGAACCAAAAAAACAAGAAUCACCAGCUCCAAAGAAAGAAUCAACACCAUCUAAACCACCAUCAUCAUCAUCAUCAUCAUCAAGUUUCGAAUCAACAAAAGCUGAUCCAAAACAAACCUUAUUCCCAUCAGUUGCAUCUUUAUUAGAAUCAAAUAAUAUUUCUAAAGAUGAAGCAUUUGAAAAAAUUCAAGCAACAGGUCCAAAUGGUCGUUUAGUAAAAGGUGAUGUAUUAGCUUAUUUAGGUAAAAUUACAAAAGAUUCAGUUUCAAAAGUUGCAAGUUUUAUUCAAUCAAAUUCUAAAUUAGAUUUAUCAAAUAUUGAAAAAUUACAAAUACAACCAAAACAAUCUGCAGAAAAAGAUAUUACAAAAGAUUCUAAAAAACAAUCAAAACCAAAACCUGAACCAAAAAUUAUUCAACAAACUUUUGAUUUAUCUCAAUUACAAUUACAAGCUUCUGAAUUUAGUGAAGCAAAUGGUAUUCAAUUUGAUUUAACAAAAUAUAUUGAAGAAGCUUCAACUCGUGCACAACAAUUUGCUUAUCAAAAACAAGUUAUUGAAAGUGAUUAUUAUGAUUCUGUUUUUGAAGAUUUAAUUGCCUUACCAACUAAUUUAGAUAGAUUUAAUGUUAAAUUAGAUUUAAAUUUAGGUUCUGCUCAACCAACUUCAUCAUUUGGUAAUGUUUCAGAUUUAUUAGAUUUUGUUGAAUCAAAAUCUUCUUUUAAUAAUUCAACAAUUUCAAAUCCAACAGUUUCAAUUAAAGUUACAACAAAUCCAAAAAUUUCUGAUUCUGAAGCAAAAGCUAAUGCAUUUAUUAAAAAAUUUCAAACUUAUAUUAACAACCCAGGUUUUUAA